AGCACCGGCUCGCCGUCGCUGGCUCAUCUCCGCUGGCAUAAAACAGCUCAUCGCGGGGAGAAAAAAAAAAAGGAAAACAAAUCCUGUGUGUUUAUGUUACAGCCAACUGUUUAUAAUGUGAUACAAUGCACCAGCCGUCUGAGCAUCAAACACCAGUCGUCUUUUUUUAUAGAGGAGGAAGGCGUCGUAGUGUUGCAUAACCUUGUUGCAUUUGAAGGGGAAAACCUUGCUGACGGCACUACCAGCUGCCACAUCUCAUCCCUGUGCUCCUAUGAGAGCCAAUCUUAGCUCCACAACCAAAUGAAGCUAACUGCCUCCCUGGAAGCUGCUCUCACAGAGGACUCCACUUGUUACUGGGACUCCUGUUCACUGUGCUGGGCUCCAGUAGCCCACCCAUGCCUGUGAUCCCCAUCCCACGGCGGGUGCGCAGCUUCCAUGGCCCCCACACCACCUGCAUGCACUCGGCCUGUGGGUCGACACACGCUUCCAAGCUAGUGCGCACCAAGUACAAUAACUUUGACCUCUACUUGCGCUCACGCUGCAUGUACAGCUUCCUCCGUUUCCUCCUGUACUUUGGCUGCAGUCUGCUGACCUCUCUGCUCUGGGUGGCGCUCUCUGCUCUCUUCUUCCUGCAGUACGUCAGCGUGCGCGUGCUCCUGAGGCUGCAGUACAAGCUGUCUGUCAUUCUGCUUUUGUUAGGGCACCGGCGCCUGGACUUUGGGGUGGUCAAUGACCUGAUCAUCUACAGCAUGCAAAUCACCAUGUUUCUGGUGGGGGGGCUUGGCUGGUGCUUUAUGGUGUUUGUGGACAUGUAGCUGCGAUGUGUGCAACAUGGGAAAUGUAGUGUACGAUGUGGAUGCUUCACACUGUAACUUCAGCAUUGUGUGGUUUUAUGGGACAACACACACCUUUAACAUGUCCUGCAGGACUGCUGUGUAUCACCCAGCUCUAGUCAAAAUGACCCUUUUGACAUCAACUCAUAAAACCUUAUUGGUUUAGUUUCAGAAAUGAUAGAAUCCAAUAAGAAUCAGAUCUAUGACAUUUCUAUUGUACUACAUUUCUACUGUAUUUUCAUGCCAUUUGUAAACUGUUUUCAGGGCAUCUUGACUAGAAAAACUUUUAUUUACUAUUAAGAAAAACGUGAAUGUCAGAGUCAAUGUUGCACGGAAAAGUGACUUAAUAUAUGACUGAUGUGCAUCCAGGCUGUGUGAUGCAAGGCAGUCGAGUGCCAUAAAACUAGUUGGGCCCUAAAAGCAAAAGUGUACAAUGAUUCCCGGGUUGAAAUUACAGAUGAUGUUGUGUGUAAACACAAUACCAUGUAAAUAUACAUAUACCACAGAGAUGAAGCUAAUAUACAUUAACGUAUGGUGGAUGAAGUGACCAUAACAAGUGAAGUUGUCAACAGCAGUGUGUAUAAUGUCGUUUUGUGGAAUGGCUGGGGCAGAACAGAGGAAAGAGAAGUGACAAACAUAAACUUUUUUGUAAAGUUA